CCUCCUCCACAGCGUCCCAGCCUGGGCGCCCCGAGCCCCACACCACUUCAGCCUCCCUCCUAUGUCCCAGCCUGUGUGGAUCGCCAGAGAACUUUCUGGUCCCUCUAUCCUUUCCUCAAAUACUGCGGUCAGGUCAGGCGGCAUGCAUCCUAAGUACACAGUUCAGUGAGUUUUGAAAAGAAGACACCUUUAUGACCAAUUAAGAAGUAGAGUAUGGCCAACACCCUAGAAAGUUCCUUCAUGGCCCUUUCCAUCCUGUGUCCCCCCCCCAGUCCUGGGAUUUCUGUCACAGAAAGCUGGAGAAGUGCACGACGCACUUUUAGGGCCUGGUUUGUUUCGCUCAGCACCUCAAGGUGUGUGCGUUUGUGGUACGUGUCACCGGCUAGUGUGUCCCAUGGUUUAUCCGUUCGCCUCUUGGUGGACAUUUGGGUGGUGUCCCAAGUUCACUUGUCAGGGACAUUUUUGGCCAAAUCUUCAUGUGGACGUGUGUUGUCAUUUCUUUGGAAUAAACACCUGGGAUUAGAAUGGUUGGAUCAUGGGGUCGGUGUACAAUAUAUCCGUUUUCCAAGUUGGCCAGGGCACCCUGCCCUCCAGCCGGAGUGGCUGAGAGUGCCAGCAGCUCCACACCGCCGUCAGCACUCAGGGAGUGGGGUUGGGAUGUGCGGAGUGGUGACACCGGCCCGGGCCACACUUUUGGCGCCGGCCUUCCCCUCUCCCUGGACCUCUCAUCUGUUGAUGCCCUCCCACGCGUACUGGGUUGGACAGUGUCCCUCUCUUCAGAACGUGGCCGUAUUUGGAAAGAGGGUCAUUGUAGGUGCACGUAAGUCGAGGCCUCCCUGGAUUGGGGGGGCCCCAAAUCCAGUGAUAAACACAAACACAGCGGAAAGAUGCCCAUGUGACCAAGGAAGCCGCCGUGGGGCGUGUGGCCACAGGCCGAGGAACUCAGAGCCGCUCGAAGCUGCAGGGGGCAGUGGGGACCCUUCCCUGGAGUGCCCGGGGGAAGUGGGGCCCUGCCUUGCGCUCACUUUGAUCAGACUUCUGGCGUCUAAGACUGUGAGAACAUGUCUGUUUCGUGUUGAGCCAAGUGGUUUAUGGUCACUUGUUACAGCCACAUCAGGAAGGGAACAGCCCCGCAACCCGUCAGGAGCUCUUGCACGGACUCAAGGGCUGGAGGGAGUGAGGGGGAGGGCUGCCUGGCAGAGCUCAGCCUUCAGGAGAGGGGCACGGCCACCCCUCGGAACUCACUGCCUGACCUCUGUCAUCCCUUAGUGCUCCCAUCCGCCACAGCCACAGCACGCAGAAGCCAAGGGUCAGGGAGCUCAUGCACGGGGCUCACUCGGGUCAGCCUCCAGGCAUGGCAGGUGGGCUGGUCUGCAGGGCAUCCCCUGAGCCCUCAGGGUCUCCACUGUCGCAUGGGGACAAUGACUGUGCCAGCGUCACCCAGGGCGUGAGGAUGAAGAGGUGAAGUUUGGAGAACAUGAGCCCAGUGCCUGCAUGUGGUCAGCUCUCGGGGCCUGACGCUGUGUGAUCUCCUGUCGGGGAUGGCCCUGCCUUGCUCUGUUCAGAGGACCAGCCUCC